UGACAGGAGAGGAGGAGCAGCUCCGGCACGGGAGCAGUGAGUGAGCCUGGCUGCCGCUGAGUGUGGAGGGACAGCUCGGGAUCUGAUGAGGGAUUCACACCCCGGCAUAUCCCCUCUCUGGAUGGAAUGUUGCUGGUAACCCCCCUUCUCCUGCUGUGGUCAGUGCAGAAAGCUUGCUCCGAGGAUGCCGGCACAAGUCUAUACUUUGUGAAUACCUCCUUGCUGCAGAUCACCUUUUCCAGCACAGUGGGGGUGUUCAUCCCCUGCCCUGUGGCCGGAUCGCCCAGCGCCACUCUCCGAUGGUACCUGGGGACGGGAGAUGACAUUUAUGACGUGCCUCACAUCAGGCACGUCCACGCCAAUGGCACACUCCAGCUGUACCCCUUCUCCCAGUCCGCUUUCAAUAGCUUUAUACAUGACAAUGACUAUUUCUGUGCAGCCGAGAACUCCGCUGGCAAAAUCCGGAGUCCAAACAUCCGCGUCAAAGCUGUUUUCAGGGAGCCAUAUACAGUGCGGGUGGAGGAUCAGAGCGCCAUGCGUGGAAGCGCCGCCGUAUUCAAGUGCCUCACUCAGCCUUCCGUGCAGGAGUAUAUCAGUGUCGUGUCCUGGGAGAAAGACACUGUGUCCCUCAUAUCCGAGGGCAGAUUUGUCACCUCGCCAUCCGGUGCACUUUACAUCCUGGAUGUACAGAAAGAGGACGCAUUGUCCACCUAUCGCUGCAUCACCAAACACCGCUAUAGCGGAGAGACGCGGCAGAGCAACGGGGCGCGUCUCAUAGUCUCAGAGCCUGCAGAGUCUGUUCCCAUUCUCCUUGAUGGCUUCCAAUCCCAGGAGGUCUUUGUGGGUGAUAAAGUGGAGCUGCCAUGCAUUGCCUCAGGAUAUCCAAAUCUGGCCUCUCGUUGGAUUAAAGAUGGCCGCCCAGUGCCCUCUGACAGCCGCUGGAACAAACGUAACACAGGGCUGAGCAUGACAGACCUGCGGCUAGAGGACAGUGGGACCUAUAUCUGUGAGAUCACCAAUAGCUUUGGCUCUGCAGAGGUGACUGGCACCCUCACCGUAAUAGAAGCGCUCCGUGUUGCUCUGACGCCCAAGAGGCUGAAAACUGGCAUUGGCAGCACAGUAAUCUUAUCCUGCUCCAUCAGCGGAUCUCCUGGCUACAACGUUAGAUGGUACCGGAAUACAGAGCCCAUUGAGGCGGACGAGUUUAUCUCCAUACGAGGAACAGAUAACGAAACGCUCGUUAUUAGCAGUGCUCAAAAAAUCCACUCUGGGGCAUAUCAGUGCUUUGGGAUCCGCAAAACACAAAAUGUCCAAGACUUUUCAAUUGUGGUGCUAGAAGAUGGGACACCUCGCAUUCUCUCCUCAUUCAGUGAAAAGGUUAUGAAUCCGGGUGAGCCAUUUUCACUUAUGUGCUCUGCCAAAGGAGCUCCCCCCCCUACCAUCAGUUGGACCCUGGAUGAGGAACCCAUCCAGCGGGAUUCAGGACACCGCUCCAAUCAAUACACCGCCUCCGAUGGGAGCACCAUCAGUUACAUGAAUGUCAGCGGCCCACAGAUCUUGGAUGGGGGGGUGUACAGAUGUGCUGCACGCAACUCGGUGGGGAGCGCAGAAUACCAAGCUCGAAUAAACGUAAGAGGACCGCCUAGUAUCCGGACCAUGAAGAACCUGACGGCAGUGGCAGGAAGAGACAGCUUCAUCCACUGCCGGGUGAUCGGUUACCCCUACUACUUCAUCAGUUGGUACAAAGAUUCCCUACUGUUGCCUGACAACCACAGGCAGGUGGUGUUCGAGAAUGGGACGUUGAUGCUGAGUGAUGUUCAAAAGGGAAUGGACGAAGGAGAAUACUUGUGUAGUGUCCUCAUCCAGCCCCAGCUGUCUAUCAGCCAGAGCGUCCACAUCACUGUCAAAGUGCCCCCGCUUAUUCAACCCUUUGAGUUCCCGCCGGCCUCCAUCGGUCAACUACUGUAUAUCCCAUGUGUGGUGUCCUCUGGAGACAUGCCGAUCCGUAUCACUUGGCGCAAGGAUGGACAGGUUAUUGUCUCCGGAUCCGGCAUCACCAUUGAGACCAAGGAAUUCAUGAGCUCCUUGCAGAUCUCCAGCGUAUCUCUGAAGCAUAAUGGGAACUACACUUGCAUCGCGAGUAAUGAUGCAGCCACCGUGAGCCGGGAGAGGCAGCUAAUAGUGCGAGUUCCCCCCAGAUUUGUGGUUCAGCCAAACAACCAGGAUGGAAUUUAUGGCAAAGCUGGGGUCUUGAAUUGUUCGGUCGAUGGGUACCCACCUCCAAAGGUGGUUUGGAAACACGCCAAAGGGAGCGGGAACCCGCAACAGUACCAUCCUGUGCCACUCACAGGCCGCAUCCAGAUCCUGCCCAACAGCUCACUGCUGAUACGCCAUGUGCUGGAAGAGGACAUUGGGUAUUACCUCUGCCAGGCCAGUAACGGGGUGGGCACGGAUAUCAGCAAGUCUAUGUUCCUCACUGUCAAAAUUCCCGCAACCAUCACCUCUCACCCCAACACAACCAUUGCAAUCAAAGGUCAAACAAAAGGUUUAAACUGCACGGCACGCGGAGAGCGUCCUAUUAUUAUUCGCUGGGAAAAGGGAGAUACAGUAAUAGACCCAGACAGGAACCUGCGUUAUCUGAUUGCCACCAAAGACAGCGGAGAUGAGGUCAUCUCAACUUUGACGCUCAAGCCUGCUGAGCGCGGAGACUCCGUAUUUUUUUCCUGCCAUGCCAUAAAUUCGUACGGAGAGGACAGGGGCCUCAUUCAACUCACGGUGCAAGAACCCCCAGACCCACCUGAGCUGGAGAUUAGGGAAGUAAAAGCUCGCAGUAUGAACCUACGUUGGACGCAAAGAUUUGAUGGGAAUAGCAUCAUAACUGCCUUUGAUAUUGAAUAUAAGAACAAGUCAGACACCUGGGAAUUUAAACAAUCCACCCGUAACAUCUCCCCCAUCAUCAACCAGGCCAACAUUGUUGACCUGCACCCAGCAUCAGUGUACAGCAUCCGAAUGUACUCUUUCAACAAAAUCGGGCGCAGCGAGCCCAGCAAGGAACUCACAAUCAGUACAGAAGAGGCAGCUCCUGAUGGGCCACCCAUGGACGUCACUUUACAGCCGUUGACAUCUCAGAGUAUCCAAGUCACCUGGAAGGCUCCAAAAAAAGAAUUACAGAAUGGGGUGAUCCGUGGCUACCAGAUUGGGUACCGAGAGAACGGCCCAGGCAGCAAUGGGCAAUACAGUAUUGUGGAGAUGAAGGCCACGGGCGAUGGUGAGGUGUACACUUUGGACAACAUGAAGAAGUUUGCCCAGUAUGGAGUGGUUGUGCAAGCAUUUAAUAGAGCGGGAACGGGACCGUCUUCCACUGAGAUUAACGCUACUACCCUAGAGGAUGUGCCUAGCCAACCCCCAGAAAAUGUCCGAGCCCUUUCCAUCACCUCAGACGUUGCUGUCAUCUCCUGGUCUGAGCCGCCUCGAAGCUCCCUCAAUGGGGUCCUUAAGGGUUAUAGAGUCAUCUACUGGUCACUGUACCCAGAUGGAGAGUGGGGAGAGAUGCAGAAUAUAACUACUCCCCGGGAGCGGGUGGAGCUGAAAGCGCUUGAGAAGUUCACUAAUUAUAGUGUACAAGUUCUGGCCUACACCCAGGCGGGAGAUGGUGUGCGCAGCAGCGUGCUUUACUUGCAGACUAAGGAGGACAUCCCAGGGCCCCCUGCUGGAAUUAAAGCCGUGCCAUCCUCGUCUAGCAGUGUCGUGGUGUCUUGGCUGCCCCCUACCAAACCAAAUGGCAUCAUCAGAAAAUAUACUAUUUUCUGCUCCGUCCCUGGAUCCGGUCAGCCUGCUCCUAGCGAGUACGAGACCAGCCCAGAAUUCCUGCAUUACCGCAUUAUGCAUCUGCUCCGCGGACAGCAGUACAUGCUGUGGGUGGCUGCAGUGACAUCAGCCGGCCGGGGCAACGUGAGCGAGAGGGUGAUGAUAGAGCCUGCGGGAAAAGCUCCUGCCAAAAUUAUAUCAUUUGGGGGCACAGUAAGUACCCCUUGGAUGAAGGAUGUCCGUCUGCCUUGUAGCUCAGUGGGAGAACCGGCUCCAGCCAUUAAGUGGACGAAAGAUAGUGAGGACUCUGCAAUUCCAGUGGCUCUGGACGGACACAGACUCAUUCAUGCCAACGGCACACUCACUCUGCGUUCCGUCAAAGCGGAGGAUUCUGGCUACUACACCUGUACGGCCACCAACACUUGGGGUUUCGAUACAAUUAUUGUCAACCUUCUGGUGCAAGUUCCCCCUGAUCAGCCUCGCCUCACAGUUUCUAAGUCUUCAGCUUCUUCUAUCACGUUGGCUUGGAUCCCAGGAGAUAAUGGUGGCAGCUCUAUACGAGGGUUUGUCCUCCAGUAUUCUGUAGACAAUGGUGAGGAGUGGAGAGAUGUUUUCAUCAGUUCCUCUGAGCGGUCAUUCCGCCUGGAGAAUUUACGAUGUGGGACAUGGUACAAAGUGAAGCUAGCGGCCAAGAACAGCGUUGGUGCUGGAAGAAUCAGUGAAAUCAUUGAGGCCAAGACUCACGGGAGAGAGCCGUCGUUUAACAAAGAUCAGCCCCUUUUUACUCAUGUGAACUCAACUCAUGCCCGGCUGAACCUCCAUGGUUGGAAUAGCGGAGGAUGCCCCAUCACCUCUGUGAUUCUGGAGUAUCGUCCACGCAACAGUUGGCAAUGGCAAAGCCUCCGUGCUAAUGUUACAAGUGACGUCUUCCUGACAGACCUUCGGGAGGCCACCUGGUAUGAGCUGAAGAUGAGGGCCUGUAACAGUGCCGGAUGUGGGAAUGAGACCUCGCAGUUUGCCACAUUGGACUAUGAUGGGAGUACUAUUCCUCCUAUUAAGUCAGCCCAGGGUGAGGGGGAUGAUGUGAAGAAGCUCUUCUCUAUAGCGUGUCCUGUGAUUCUGGCCACGCUGGGAGUUGCCCUAUUGUUUAUUAUACGCAAGAAGAGAAAAGAGAAGAGACUGAAGAGGCUGAGAGAUGCAAAAAGUCUGGCGGAGAUGUUGAUCAGCAAAAAUAACCGCAGCUUUGAUACACCUGUCAAGGGUCCGCCUGCUGGGCCCAGGCUGCACAUCGAUAUCCCCCGGGUACAGCUUCUUAUUGAAGAUAAAGAGGGCGUCAAACAGCUUGCAGGUGAUGAUAAAGCCACACUGCCAAUAACGGAUCCGGAGUUUAGCCCAACUGUGAACCCUCAGAGCUUUUGCACUGGCGUCUCCUUGCAUCACCCGGCACUGAUACAAAACACUGGACCCCUCAUCGACAUGUCCGAUAUCAGGCCAGGAACAAAUCCAGUUUCACGAAAGAGUGUGAAGUCUGCUCACAGCACCAGGAACAGAUACUCAAGUCAGUGGACACUCACCAAGUGCCAGAGUUCCACCCCAGCACGGACUCUGACUUCUGACUGGAGGACUGUGGGCUCUCAACAUGGCAUCACUGUGACGGAGAGUGACAGUUAUAGCGCCAGUCUGUCUCAGGACACAGAUAAGGGCCGGAACAGCAUGGUCUCCACAGAGAGCGCCUCCUCCACAUACGAAGAACUGGCACGUGCCUACGAGCACGCCAAGCUGGAAGAGCAGCUGCAGCAUGCCAAGUUUGAGAUCACGGAGUGCUUUAUCUCAGACAGCUCUUCAGAUCAGAUGACGACAGGAACCAAUGACAACGGAGACAGCAUGACCUCCAUGAGUACCCCUUCGGAACCCGGCAUCUGCCGCUUCACUGCAUCCCCCCCAAAACCACAGGACAGCGAUCCAACCAAGAAUGUGGCUGUGCCCAUCCCCCACCGAGCGAAGAGUGAAUAUUGCAACCUCCCACUCUACAUGAAAUCGGAUCCCCACUUUCGUAAGCCAGACCCCCAUGACUCUUGCCCUGUGGUACCGCCACGAGAAGCGUCUAUGCGCAAUCUGAAUCGGGGUUACCACUCCCGCCAUCUUACUCUAGAGCCAGGUGCCAAGCCCCCGCCUGGCCUUUCACACCCAACCCCAUCUGGUGUUAAUUUACCUCAGCGGACUCUUCACAUGGCCGGAGCAUCAGCCUCUGCCCCGUCGGCACCAGCAGCCACAGCGCCUUCUGCCCCUGCCGACCCUACUGCUGCUUCUGCUGGACCUUUAGAAAAUCGCCUGCCUGCCCAGCACAGUAAGAUGGGGGGCUCCCGGGACUCUUUGCUGGAAAUGAGCAGCUCUGGAGGGGGUCGGGCACAGAAACAAGGAGCUGGAGCUUACUCCAAGUCUUACACGUUGGUCUGACACCCACCCAGUCAAACACUCCCCCUCCCCAUCCUGACUUAUUCACAGACUGCAGAGACCCUCCCCUCUCCGCAGUGUCUUGGCUGUAUUUCUAUAUUUUGAAAAACAUUUAAAACAAAAAAAAGGACGUAUGGAAAAUUUAAACAAAAACUUGGUGAUAAAAGACGCAUUUUUGUAUGAAAAAUACUAUUUUCUUCUUCAGGAUAAAAAAAAAAAAAUAUGAAAAGAAAUCUGUAUUUUAUCUGUAGAAUAUGAGCGUGAAGAGGAGAGAGAGAGAGGGGUGAAUGCUGGGUAAUCUGAGUGAGUGUGUCCUACAGUAUGUAAGAUUAUACUCACGAAUGUCUGAAAGUUAUGGGCCUAAUUCAGAGGAGACGUAGCGGCAAUUGUGCACGACAGCGGCCGAUGACUUAUGUCUGCACAUGCGUCCGAGCCGCACAUGUGUCGCAAUGCUCUGCGCUAGGAGAUGCAAAACAAAUUCUGUCGCAGGGAGAGUGGAUUUCGGUAGACGCUCCUGAGAGGUAACGGGGGUGGCUAGCCGGACACAGUAGCGUCGCUCGCACAGGACGCCAUGUUCAGAAGUACAAACUGUGCCAGCUAGAAGGUAAGUUUUGAUGGUGCAUCAAUAGUGCUUCUAAAGACACACCGGGGUAAAUUUACUAAGAUGGGAGUUCUAUUUAAGAUGGGGUGUUAGCAACCAAUCAGAUUCCAGGUUUUAUCAUCAAGCAGGUGCUAGAUAAAUGAGAAGUAGAGUCUGAUUGGUUGCUAUGGGCAACAUCCCAUCUUAAAUAGAACUCCCAUCUUAGUAAAUUUACCCCACCGAGACGGAUUUGCACCACUGCAAUCGUGCAUCUCACAUUGAACACAAUCAGUUGCUGCAUAAAUACGUAUAAUGAUGCUGCUCUACGUCCAACUCGGAAUCAAGCCCAGUGUUUCAGAACAUUGAAGAAGAGUAUUAACGCCAUAGGGAUCUUGAGAUGUAUUAAUAUGUACAUUAACUUUAAAGUGAACCUGUCGUCCACUUAUAAAGCCAUAUUUUACGGUGUCUUUAAAACAAUAAAGAUUUUUGAUAGAUUGUUUCAGUUGCAUUAUG